AUGACCAGGUACUAUCUACUUUCACAAGAGGAUGAUACAUUCGAAUUGGAACAAGGUUCUCCGGUGCCAGCAGAUUUGAAACUAUCGGAGAAGGACCCAUUGUUGGAUAGUGCGUAUCCGGACGUUGCUUUUCCGUCCGCCGAUGUGAACACGUAUCUGGGCUCAAAAUCCAUAUUUCACGAAAACCCAUCUGUAGACCUAGCCCCCAAACAACUCUAUUUGAAGCUGGCUCGGCCAUUGGACUGGGAAACCAAGCAGAACUAUGCAUAUGUGAUUGUCGCUGAGGACAACGGAUCACCGGCGUUGACCGGUCAGUUGGAGGUUCAAGUUGUCGUCACCGAUGAGAAUGACAAUCACCCGACAUUUAGGAACAAGUCAUUCACUCUAUCCGUCCCUGAGAAUUCACUCAAGGGUACGCGUUUGAUUCAACUGGUCGCUCACGAUCCGGAUCAAGGUCGAGCAGGUCAAAUUGUUUACAGCUUAGCCUUACAACCGGGAUCUGGUUAUGUCAAACCCUUCCCGUCCCACUCCAAUACUGCCUGGAAUUCUCACUCCAAUUCCCAUAAUCAUUCCGCACCAGUUCAAUUGUUUACGGUGGACUCACACAGUGGCUGGUUAAUUCUAAACGGACCGUUGGACUAUGAAAGAGUGAAACAUCAUCUAGUUCGCGUUUUGGCUCGAGAUGAGGCCGGACAUCCGGGAUUCGAUGAGGCUACUGUAAAUAUCCUUGUGACAGAUGUGAAUGAUGUGCCUCCGACCAUCUCCGUUGAUCCCGUGACAGACUUGAUGCCUUCGGACAACUCAAAAUCUCGGUCACCGAAUAUGGAUCAGUCUCAGUUAAAUGUGCUGAAUCUCUACGUGAAUGAAACACCCCGAUGGAUAGGUAGAGAUGGAGUCAGACACAGUAUAGCUAUCAACUCUGUUAGUGCGGCACAACCCAUGCUACUGGCAUUUGUGGCCGUGCGUGAUCCGGACACUGGACGGGGUGGUGAAUUCUACUGUGGGCUUGUCCAAUCAACCAACAGCAUCAGCGAUAAAGAGACUGCCGCUUCACAAUCCCGGCUCUAUUUGUACGGAGAUACGAUCGUGAAUGCGGAUCAGCUUUUCUCAAUGCGGCAUGAAGAAUUGGUGGAUCGGAACGGGCCGAGUGUAGUUGGGCACUUCAAGUUGAAUCCAAUUUCAGCCACACAAUUCGAACUCAGUAGCUUCGAGGGGUUUGAUCAUGAACAGGCGGCUGUUGAAGAAAUACAGGUAAGACACAUUAUUGAUUGA